CCCUGUAUGCAUGUACAGUAAUAUCUCCAACUCCUGCACGGCAUCGGUACAGUAAUGGGACCUACUCCUGCACGCUUUUCUUACUUCCUAAGCUGACGUGCACAUCCCUGCUAUUUUACUGCAUAUCCAAUCCACAGUGGAUCCUGUCUCAACAGUAAUUGGUCGACCAAUCAGAGCAAAGAAAAUUUCUAUAUCGACAUCCGCUAAUGGAUCUAGUUGCGGCCUAAAGGUAUACAGAAGUAGGGCCCAUUACUGUGCAUGUACCUACUAUACACGGGUUAGAAAUCCGUGGAAUAUACAAUUACGUACAUGUCAUAUAUUGUAGCUAAAAAAAUGGCGCCUCCUCCCGCCACGAACGUGACCUGGUCCGGCCCCCCUAACUUGUGUACCGUCGUUGUUGAUUGUGUUGUCAUUGUGUACUAGUCAACAGUACGUACAUACCUAUACCGGUGGACGCGGUGGCCAUUGGACACGGUACACGGACACUAUUUGUUUCUUGCAUAUAAUCUCCUAAUCCUAAAUGCUGAUUCCUAAGACAACCGACAACCAACAUAGCCAACUUCGGAUACUGUUGUUAUAUAAAUUGUAUAUUGUACACGAUUACAUAAGUAUUUCCAGAUUUAGGUUAUUAAACAAUUAUUAUUAUUAAUUAAAGUAAAUCAAACAUUAUAUGUUACAAACAAUGGACGAUCUUGAACAAAAAUGCGAAGACGCAUUGUAUGAAUUAUGUGACGCUCGAGAGCGGUACCCGCUCAAAUGCGCUAUUGCGUUUCGAAAGUAUAUCCAACUCAAGAAUGAAAUACAAAUGAUAAAUAAGGCUCAAAUAACAAACGAAAUAAAUAAUGUCAGUGUAAUAGAUAAUGUGGAGCAGAUUAUACACUUUAAUGGUAACUUUAAUAACAAAGAAGUAAAUUUUAAGCAUUUGGAUUUUAAAUUGAAAAAUGUUAUUAGUGCAUUAAAUAAUUUGAAAGCUGUUAGGAAUCAAAAUGAAUAUGAAAAAA